UUAAAAGAUUUAGCUUAUAGUGUUUUUUUUCCCCUCUAGAGACAAUGCCACUCAAAAGCUAUCUUGCCUUCUUCCUUGCCCUCAACUUCUUCUUCACCUUCACCGCGACUGCAUGCUCCAAUUGCCCUUCAUCCCCUCGCGGUCCCUCCAGAAACCCUAGCCGCCCCUCCCCCGGCUCGACCCCUACAAACCCUACAAACCCUUCCACGGGCUCAUGCCCUAGGGAUGCCUUGAAACUCGGCAUUUGCGUUGAUGCCCUAAAUCUGCUCAACGUGACACUUGGCUCUCCGCCGGUGCAGCCAUGCUGCAGCCUCAUCCAAGGUUUGGUCGAUCUAGAGGCCGCUCUCUGUCUCUGCACGGUCCUCAGAGCCAGCAUUCUCGGCAUCAACGUUAACCUCCCCAUCAACCUCAGCUUGCUUCUCAACGUUUGCAGCAGGCAGGCGCCACGUGGCUUCCAAUGCCCUUGAAGCAAUUGGCGACCGACGUAUAAUAUCCAUCUAUUUCCAUAUUUGUUAAAAUAUAUGUAUGGGUGCGAAGCAUAUGGGCUGCAAUCUCUCCAAGUUAUGAUGACUUUAUUUCUUAUACUUGGGUUUGUGUGCUGGUUCUUUGUCCGGUAAUAAUGUCUUCGAGUGUGUUGUGUCAGUGCAUUGCAUGUAAUCUAAUCACGUACGUGUUUUUCAUGCUUCCGUGUGUGUA